AUGAGGAUAUUUAUACGAGUUGGAAUAAUUGGAGCCUUUUUACUGUUGAUGUACUUAAUGAUUUCUAUGAGUGGGAGUUGGAGAGUAAAAAGGUCUUUUCCGGAAGGAGUCACUGAUCAGAAAGUUGUGAGUGGAAAACUGGACAGGAUUGAGCAGACUCUAAAUAAGCUAGCAAAGCUAGUAGAGGAAUAUGGCCAGAAGAAAUUCACUGAAACAGAUCCCCUCGACGUUGACCAGGAAAAAGAAGAAAAACAGCAAAAACCUGUGAUUCCAAAACUAUACCCAGACUCCUACCUGUUCACAAGUUGGGGAGAUGAUCUGUCACAAGAGGAGCAGAAGGAGGCUGAAGCUCUCUUCCACAUUUAUGGAUACAAUGCCUUCCUUAGUAACCGGAUCCCACUCAACCGGAAACUUCCAGAUUCGAGAGAUUCCAGAUGUCUGGUGAAGAAUUAUCCUACAGACUUACCGAGCAUCGGUGUGGUGCUGAUCUUUGUAAACGAGGCUCUUUCUAUCAUUAAGAGGGCAGUAGAAAGCAUCAUCACCCACACUCCAAGGCACCUGCUCAAGGAGAUCAUUCUGGUGGAUGACCACAGUACUUAUAAUGACCUUGGGAAACCGUUAGACGACUACAUAGAUCAGAUUAACAAGGAAAGGCCUGGACUCGUAAAGAAAAUUUGGCAUUUGCAACAGAUGGGUUUGUCCCAGUCCCGGAUUACGGGCUGGGAGCACGCCACCGCUGAUGUCGUGGCCAUUUUGGAUGCUCAUAUUGAAGCUACACAAGGAUGGGCAGAACCUCUGCUGGCUAGGAUUAAAGCUGACAGGACUGUAGUGGUGUCCCCUGUAUUUGAUAAAGUUCAUUUUGAUGAUCUACAUGUAGAAAGAUACAUCCCAUCCUCUCAUGGCUUUGACUGGGCGUUGUGGUGCAUGUACGAGUCCUUCAGCCCUGACUGGUUGAUGAUGAGCGAUGAAUCACAACCUGGAAAGAGUCCUUCUGUUAUGGGAAUCUUUGCAGCAGACAGGGAUUUUCUGGGGGAAAUCGGUGGACUCGAUGGUGGAAUGACAGUUUAUGGAGGGGAAAACGUUGAACUGGGGAUUCGUGUGUGGCUGUGUGGAGGAAGCGUUGAGAUUGUGCCGUGCUCCCGGAUAGCUCACAUUGAGAGGGCUCAUAAACCUUACGCACCUGAUCUCGACCCAGCCAUGAGGAGAAAUGCAUUGAGGGUCUCAGACAUUUGGUUGGAUGAGUACAAGAGGAAUGUGUUUAUUGCCUGGAACAUUCCUCUUCAGGUUGGUUGCUCCACUUCAUACUCGAAAGUGGUGGAUGUUGCCAAAGCCAUUGUCAGUGCUGUGAAAGACCCUGAUGUUCUUGGAAAGACCUAUGUUUUAGUGGGUCCCAACCGUUACAUCCUUUACGACCUGGUGAAGUACCUUUAUAAAGUGUCUCGCACAAUUUUUGUGCCCUACAGUCUGCCUCGCCCAUUGUUCCACCUGGCGGCCAUUGUUUUGUCCAGUGUCCCACAUGACCCCUGGACAACUCCAGACAAAGUGGACAGGUUUCACAUAUCAGACUUGAAGUAUCCAGGACUUCCUGGUAUGGAGGAUCUCGGGAUCACUGCUUCCACCGUAGAACAAAGGGCGAUUGAGGUUCUGCGUCGUCACCGCCGGCGGCAUUACCGUGACCCUGACCUGGAGGAGAUAAAGCCACCCAAGACGGUCACCUUUUAA